UCAGGCCAAAGGCCGCGGGGGUAUUUUGGAUACAUCCGAUGAUUCCAUCGGCGACUUGUCAGUGAGGCCGCUCGUCCGUUGGUGGUGAAGUGAGGUGAAUCUCCUGCUUUGAUGCUCAACAGAAAGUUUUGCUAGCCUGCGCCUACUCUCUUUCCUGAGACAUAAGAAGACACAAUGGAUGGCAAAUGGUGCGCAUUUUGAUUGUGGCACCAUCUUUUUCUCAUCCCACGAAAGCCAAACGCAUGGCUUAUAAGCACAGCGAAUGCCCAGACGCCCAACGCAGUCCACAGCGUUCCGUAAAUGAUCGAUCUACCGCAAUGAAGCAGCAGCUGAGACCGACACCUUGAAUGCAACAGAAAACUGAUUUCACCUCGUUGUUGCGAUGAAUACAUAGUCUUCUGUUGAGAGAAGUUUGUGAACGUAAUCCUCCUGAGAAAUCGUGCGCAAAACGUUCGCAGCUGCCAUAUCGCUCUCUCGUGUUCGUUGUUUGAUGAUUUGCUUACCAUGUCUGCAUACCCCAUGAAGCCCAUACUGUCAAAAAAGUCAGCAAAAUGCCUGUGACAGUGAUAGAAAAAGAAAAACACAAUGAGUUAAGUCCACGUCUGUCUUUCCCUGACCUUUCCAAUUGCUCCCCGAGUGCAUGCAGCGCACAGAAGACGCCAAUCACGGACAUUGAAGCCCACGAGACAUAGUUGGACAGCCCAGUCGCUUCACAGAAAGAAAUCUCUCUCACAGCAUCCGCGUCCGACAGCUUCACCCGGUGAAUGUGGCGGUGUGAAUCAGCUAGUCCUUCCUCCAUUGUGCCGGCUUUGCCUGCUCGGCUAUUCUUCUUCUCAUCGUGCAGCUGGGGUCCAGACAGAGAUGCGAAGCCUUGCCAAGUGAAGUCAAGUGAAUGCACGGUCCGUGUUUGCGGCUCACCACACUCAAGUAAUGGUCCACAGUGGUUUCGACGGCCUCUACGGCAGCUGAGAUAUUCAGGGCGUCAUACACGGCGUUACCCAGGGAGCCGACUGAUUCACGAGAAGUGCGGCGCACUCUCUCAAUGAAGCUGACUCCGAUUCGCCUUUUCGCCUUCAU